GCUUGGUGGAAGUGGAGCUUGGGAUCUUAAUCACAGGACCUGAUAUGUCAGAUGGCUCAGAGGAGACGGCGGCACUAGAGAUGGACGGUCAGCGCACAGUUCUGAAGGAGGACCGGAAAUCCACGGUCCAGUCAGACCAGAGAGACGUGCGACCCCUGCUGGUGAAAGAAGAGCUGCAGGAGUGGUAUUGCUCUCUGGACCAGGAGGAACCAGAACCUGGUCACUUAAAAGAAGAACAGGAGGAGGAUGCCGUCACCAAGAUUCCUUUUAAUAUUGUGGUUGUGAAGACUGAAGACGAUGAAAAUGAAGCUGAGUCCUCCAUUGGCUCAAUUCAUCACAUGAAAACAACUGCUGACUGUUGUGGGGUACCGGAUCCGGAGCUACAGUCCGACCAGCAGAGGUCGCUGUCUUCUGGAUCUGACACUGAUGACAGUGAUCAGUGGAAGCAACCCAGCAACACUCAUUCAGGCUCCAACUCCAGAAGAGGUGAUGAGAAACGACUGAGCUGCUCGGGGUGUGGGAGAAGUUUCACGUGCAAGUCUGGACUGACUCAGCACAUAAAAUUCUGCAGUGGAGAAAACUAUCUGCGCUGUUCAUUUUGUGGAAAAGGUUUCACACAGAAAGGAAAUCUUGAAACUCACGUUAGAAUCCACACGGGUGAUAAACCAUUCAGCUGCUCUCAAUGUGGCAAAAGCUUCAACCAAAGAGAACAUCUGAAGGGCCACAUGAGAAUCCACACGGGGGAGAAACCGUUCUCCUGCCAACAGUGCGGCAAGUAUUUCACUUGCAGUGGAGGCUUGAAGGCCCACAUGAAGGUCCACACAGGAGAGAAACCCUUCAGCUGUUCAGAGUGUGGAAAGACCUUCAGCCAGAAAGAACAUCUUCGGAGGCACCUGAAGAUUCACACUGUAGAGAAACCGUUCUGCUGCUCUGAAUGUGACAAAUGCUUUCAUCUGGAGGAGCAGCUCAGGAGACACAUGGUGAUUCACACGGGGGAGAAACUUUUUCAAUGCCUGAAAUGCAGUAAAGGCUAUAAUCAGAAAAAAAAUCUCAAGAAGCAUGAGAGAGUUCACAUAUUGGAGAGUGCUCCUGCCACUCAGAUGGCGUGAGCACCAUGAAUGAAGCUACAGCACUCAAGCGUCCAGCAUUCCCUGGAAGAGAUAAAUGAAGUCCAAGACACUCUGAAUCAAGUCUUGAAUUGUGUCAGCCUCAAGGACUUUCAGACUCCAGAUGAUUGGUCACUUGAAUCUGUUGGUCUAGACUGACUUUUAGUUCCUGUGUUUCAGUAUUGUUUUUGUGAAAUGAAACUAUUUUAUACUUGAUGUCUGUUGCCUCUGAUAUUUGCCCCAAUAAA